UGGUCUGAGCCCAAAGAUGGGGUUGCACUAGUCUAACAACCACAGUAAGACUAGUCAGAAUCUUCGCAAUACAUAGUAUGGAAAUUAGCACAUGGUAACUUAGAAUUCAUAUAAUCUAUCCCAAACUUACUAUCGAAUUAAGAUAUAGUUGUUAUAUCAAAGUCACUUGUCCACAUCUUGUCGGUCAUUGUUCCAACAAGAAUAACUACGCUUCAAUCCCAAACAAGUUAAGAUCUACUAUAAAAUUCCACCUAUGUUUCCAGAAUAAUUAAAUAAUGUUCAUUAAAAAAUCAUUUUGGUCUUUGGGAGGGUUGUUUGGAACCAAGUCGUCUCAAAUACCAACAUUUUAAGGUAAAUCUUUGUUUUUUCAUUAUUUUGAAUUGUUCAAAAAGACACUUAUCAGAUAGAUUUUUGCAUCAAACACUUCUUAUGAACCAACUGAAACAAAUACACGCCAACACUCUCCGAAAUGGCAUCGAUUUUACACAGUUCUUGAUCUCUAAGAUAAUUGAAAUCCCAAACAUCCCGUACGCCCACAAAGUGUUCGACAAUAUUACUAAACCAACUGUCUUCCUCUACAACAAGCUUAUUCAGGCAUAUUCUUCCCAUGGAUUUCCCAGCCAGUGUUUUUCUCUCUACAUCAAGAUGCGCCGGCAAGGCUGCUCCCCUAACCCACACUCCUUCACAUUUCUCUUUGCAGCGUGCUCCAAUCGUUCCACCCCCAUUCAAGGCCAAAUGUUCCAUGUCCAUUUCAUCAAAUGGGGGUUUGAAUUUGACAUUUACACGUUAACUGCACUUGUUGACAUGUAUGCUAAAAUGAGUUUGUUGCCUUCUGCGCGGAAGCUCUUUGAUGAGAUGGAAAUGAAGGAUGUCCCCAUUUGGAAUUCUUUGAUUGCCGGGUAUGCCAAGAAUGGAAAUGUGGUGGAAGCUUUCAAAUUGUUUUCAGUUAUGCCUUCAAGGAAUGUGAUUUCCUGGACUGCAAUGAUCUCAGGCUACUCGCAAAAUGGGAAGUAUGCAAAUGCACUAGCUGUCUACAAGCAAAUGGAGAAAGACAGAAAGGUAAAGCCUAAUGAAGUCACAAUUGCUAGUGUUCUUCCAGCUUGUGCAAAUCUUGGGGCGCUGGAGGUUGGGGAGAAUAUUGAAGCUUAUGCAAGAGCAAAUGGAUACUUUAAGAAUAUGUUUGUUUGCAAUGCGGUGCUUGAAAUGUAUACGAAAUGUGGUAGAAUUGAUAGGGCAAUGCAACUCUUUCACGAGAUUGGUAGGAGGAGGAACUUGUGUUCUUGGAAUACCAUGAUUAUGGGGUUAGCUGUCCAUGGAAAAGGUGAUGAAGCUCUUAAGCUUUUCAAUCAAAUGCUGGGAGAAGGAAACACACCUGAUGAUGUAACAUUUGUAGGAGCAAUCUUAGCAUGCACACAUGGAGGCAUGGUAGCAAAGGGCUGGGAACUCCUCAAAUUGAUGGAGCAAAGGUUCUCCAUAGCUCCAAAGUUGGAACACUAUGGCUGUAUGGUUGAUCUCUUAGGCCGGGCUGGGAAAUUGCAAGAAGCCUAUGAUCUUAUACAGAGCAUGCCAAUGAGACCUGAUUGUGUCAUAUGGGGAACUAUUCUUGGAGCCUGCAGUUUCUAUGGCAAUGUUGAAUUGGCUGAGAAAGCAGCCGAAUUCCUUUCUGUGUUGGAACCGUGGAAUCCUGGGAAUUAUGUUAUUCUCUCAAACAUCUAUGCAAGAGCUGGCCGGUGGGAUGGUGUGGCAAGGUUAAGGAAACUGAUGAAGUCCUCUCAGAUUACAAAAGCAGCAGGGUAUAGCUUCAUUGAGGAGGGAGGUGAUAUUCAUAAGUUUAUAGUAGAGGAUAAAUCCCAUCCAAAAUCAAAUGAGAUAUAUUCACUGCUUGAUUUAGUCACAACUAGAUUAAAGUUUGAUGUAAGCACCAUGGAAAUUGAUUUGGAUUCUAUUGCUGAAUAGAGUUUUAGCAAUAACUCUGAAUAGUUUUUGGACCUA